AUGAUAAAUGAGUACGUGGCUCGUAAGGUAGCCACAAAGGAUACGCAGCCAUGUCUGAUAUGUAGCAAGCCUACUGUCACGGUCUUGUACAAUGCCUCCGGGCCCGAUUGGCUGUACACAUGCGACAUCCAUCUCCAUGACAACCCUCAGUUUGCCAUUCCAAUUCAUAGCAUGGAAUACCAAGAGGCAGUGGAGAAGCUCAAAACGCUCAAACUUCAGGCUGGCCAAGCAGCUGCUGCAAAAGGUUCCAAGUCCUGGGACGGAUGGGUAUCGCAUAUAUUCACCAAGAAACCCGCGAAAGAAGAAGAUAAUAGCAAGAGUGACAGCUCCAACGAGAGCCAAGAGGCUGAACAACCAGAAGAUGUCCAAAAGAAGUACAAUCAGCAAAUUGAUCUGGUCGCAAACCUUCAGAAGAAGACCCGCAAAUACCAACUAAGCGACAUCACCUUCAGCAGUCGGAUCGAGAGGCGCAAUAACCGGCAGAGAAUGGCAGAGCGGAGGAAAAAAGAGCAAGAACUAUAUGCGAAUACAGACCCUAAUGAGCUGGCCAGUCAGUUCACAUUUCCCAGCGUUCCGAACAACCCGGUCACCAGAGGCUGA